AAAGACCAGACUUGAUGGUCUGACUGAGACUAGAAAGACCCCGGUGAUCAUGGCCCCCAGACCUUUUGUUGGCCCAGGACAGGAACCAUUCCCAAAGCCAACUCUUCAGACAGGGAUUGGACUGGACAAUGGGUUGGAGAGGGAAGCUGGUGAGGAGUGAGCUUCUUGGAUCAGGUGGACACUUGAGAAUAUGUUGGCAUCUCCUCACUGGAGGGGAGAUGAGAGGAUAGAGAGGGUUAGAAGCUGGUGAAAUGGACACUAAAAGAGAGAGUAGAGGGAUGGAGUGGGCUGUCUCAUUGGGGGAGAGCAGCUGGGAAUAUGUAGCAAGGUGUAUGUAAGUUUUUGUGUGAGAGGCUGACUUGAUUUGUAAACUUUUACUUCAAGCACAACAAACAUUAAAAAAAAAAAAUCUAAAAUGACCAUAACACCCCUACUGAAGGUGAUAACUGAAUUAGUUCUUUAAGAAACACAUACGAUAAUUUUUCAUCAAAUUGACUGGCUGUCUGCUGAUAGAGUAUUAGAAUGUACCUGUGUUCCUAUUUCGUUACUAUCAGCAAUUGCAGUUUGCAAUAGUAGAUAUGUAAGUUUACUAAGUAAUCAAUGAGAGUUAAUUAAUGAAAAUCUUUCAUGUUGAGAAAUUAUUUAUGAUACUGAGGAGACCACGACAAGGAAAGAUGUUGGCAUGAAUAUAUUCACAGAGCCCUGGUAGUAAAAGUGGUAGACCAGUUGUAAGAGAACAUGCCAUCUGAUAGAACAAUGUUUUUGCCCUUGUUUUCAAGGCAAUAAUGUUCAGUCAUGUAGACAGACAAUAAGAUAGUCACCACAGAUUUUAUUCUCCUGGGCUGUGGUCUGAGUUGAGUCACCUUGUGAUCCUCAUCUGCAUCAUUCUUCUGGUCUACUUUGUAGCUGUGAUGGGCAAUGCUGUUCUCAUUAUCUUCAUCUGGUUGGAUUCCCGACUCCACUCCCCAUGUACUCCGUGCUUUGUCAGCUCUCCCUCAUUGACUUGGCCGUAAUCUCAACUUCUGUCCCCAUAAGAGUCACAAACUUCUUCUCAGGGAAGAGAACCAUAUCACAGAUUGGCUGCGGAACUCAGAUCUUCUUUAGCUUAACCCUGGGGAUUGCUGAGUGCCUCCUGCUGACCCUCAUGUCCUACAAUCACUAUAUUGCCAUCUGUAACCCUCUGCAGUACUCAGUCAUCAUGAGUCACAACAUCUAUACACAGAUGGUCAUUGGGUUCUGGGCAGGAGGGGCAGUAACUUCCCUGAUUCAUACAGUCUGUGUCAUGCAAUUCCCUAUCAGUUGUCCCCAAAAGAUUCCUCAUUUUUUGUGUGAGGUCAUGGCCCUUCUGAAGCUCACUAGUAAGGGCAUUUCAGCCUAUGUAAAGUCAGUGGUAGUCUCCAGCCCUCUGGUGGUCCUGAUUCCCUUGAGUCUCAUCCUGCCCUCCCACAUCCUUAUCUUCCUUGCUGUUCUCCACAGAAACUCACUAGAAGGCAGGAACAAAGCUCUGGCCACCUGCUCCUCUCACCUCUGUGUGGUGAGCCUCUCCUUUGGUCCUGCUAUACUGGUCUACAUGAUACCUGGCUCCUCUAUGACCCCCAAAUUAAACCAAUCUCCCCUUAUGCUUAAUGUUGUCCUUACCCCUAUGCUUAACCCUCUCAUCUAUAGCCUGAGAAACAAGGAUGUCAUAGCAGCCAUGAAGAGUAUAAUCAUCAGUAGAUAUUCCCUGGGAGAGAUGAAAAGCUAUACCUGAUUAUAGUCUCAUGUAGACAUAUUUCUUUCCAUUGCAUUCAAGAGCCUUUAGGACUUCAUAAAUUCUGUCAAUAGGAUCAUAGAAACAUUGGAGAC